AUGACCCUAACUGGCCAAGCCUCUGCCAACAGUCAAUCUAUUUGCGGCUCCUGGACGAGCAUAAGCGAUCACUCCACAGUCACCAACGUCGCUUUGUUUGGUAUCAUCACGAAAGCUGAGCUGUCCGAGUAUGGAAACCAGUACAUGGUGCCGUUCAAUAGUUGGAAGGAGCAAGGCCAUAUCAAAGUGAAUUCGACCAAGUUUCAGAUUCAUCUCGGUCUUCCUCUCAGUGCUCCAGCAAGUUUGAAGAAGAGGUUUGUGGACCAACUCAUUGCCCUCAACCGUCUCAAAAAUGUGUCCACACUCGGCCACCUUGUCGAAGAGCCCGGUCCAGACACCACCAUUGAGAUUCAUGACCAUGGGUGUGGUUUCGUGUACUUGGACAACCGUAACUUGCCGUUUCUACACCUCACCCAUGUGAUGUUCAAAGAGGUUCGAUCUCAGUCAGCAAAAGAGUGCCCCAAAAUUAAUCUGAUGGAUAUGUUUCAAAGUACACCACCAGAGUCUCCUAAAGUGUUGUGGUCUGUAAGGCUGACUGGCACAGAUCCACCUGCUAUGGCUGAAGGUUCUUUGGAUCAGAGUGACCCAACUCCCACUAUCUUCAACCAUCCUGAGUGGGACCCGGAAGGGCAUUUUCAUUGUGCCAUCCUGUCCCUCACAAGCCAAAAAGAAUUCCAACAUGUGGUCAACCUCAGCGCAUAUGACUCUCAGGGUGUGCCGAUAGAACACGAGGGUCUGCAAAUGUCGUUGGUUGAGGGGAUGGCAAUCAUGGGAAGUGCGACCUUACAUUUUGCGAUUCAGAUUGUAGGGCCUAUGCAACUUGUACCGAAGGUUGAGUCUCUCAGGGCUAGCGUGAGUCUUAAAUGCACAGCAGAGGAAGAGCUUCAGGCUCCCCAUGCGAAGAGGGGACCAUUCUUUGGCCCAGCAAAAGAUGUGGAGAAGGAGGCAUCCACACCAAAGGAAGAUGUGAAAGGGAAAGGAAAAGAAUGGGAGGAAGAGUCAGGGUGUUGGUUUGAAUGGUCAAUGUUUGUGCUCUAG